AAAGAUCAUCGAAAGAGGGAAUUUCAGAGGGACCAAUCUCCUUCUUGUUCGUUGUCUCUCAUCCCUCAAGCGCGAACAAAUUAAGAAACAUUAAAAUGAAGCCAUGUUAUAAUCGGAGACAAGUGGUGGUGCUAGUUCUUGUGGCACUUUGCCUCAUUAAUUUAUCGUCUGGCCUCAAGCUGGGAGAAACUUGUGGGUCUGAGAAUAAUUGCGACGCUGGUCUUCAUUGUGCAACAUGCCCUGCAAAUGGAAAUACCCGCUCUAGAUGCAUUAGGAACCAACCCAUAAGCCCUACUUCUAAGGUGAAAGGUUUAGCGUUUAACCGGUAUUCGUGGCUGACAAGUCAUAACUCGUUCGCUCAAUCUGGCGUCAAAUCGGAGACGGGAACUUUUCUUGUAACCUCCACAACACAGGAAGACUCGGUUACCCAACAACUCAAUAAUGGUGUUCGAGGCCUUAUGUUGGAUAUGUAUGACUUUAAUAACGACAUAUGGCUAUGUCACUCAUUCGGAGGCAAUUGUUACGAUGUCACUGCGUUUAGACGUGCUGUAAACGUGCUUAAAGACAUCCAAUCAUUUCUAGAAGCGAAUCCAUCAGAAAUUGUGACGAUCUUCAUUGAAGACUAUGUGUCAUCUGAGGGGGGGCUUUCAAAGGUGUUUAAUGAUUCUGGGCUGAAGAAGUAUUGGUUUCCAAUGAGUAGAAUGCCUAAAAAUGGUGAGGAUUGGCCAACCGUAGAUGACAUGGUUCAGAACAAUCAACGAUUGCUCGUUUUCACCUCUAAAGAUUCUAAAGAAGAAUCCGAAGGCAUUGCUUACCAAUGGAGAUAUGUCAUAGAAAACCAAUAUGGAGACGAGGGAAUGAGAGAUGGUUCAUGUCCAAAUCGAGGGGAAUCGUCAGCUAUGAACACAAAAACGAAGUCAUUGAUUCUGAUGAACUAUUUUCGCACUAAUGUUAAUGCAACCGCGGCUUGCGCAGACAACGCAGCUCCAUUACCAGACAUGCUCAAGACUUGCCAUGAUGCUGCCGACAACCGGUGGCCAAAUUUCAUUGCUGUUGAUUUUUACCUGAGGAGUGAUGGCGGAGGAGCCCCUGAAGCAGUUGACAUAGCCAAUGGUCAUUUGACUUGCGGAUGUGACAACAUUGCCUAUUGCAAGGAAAAUGCGACAUAUGGAACAUGUGAUGUGCCUCUAAUUUCUCCACCGCCACCUGCGGCGGAGCCUCCCUCUGCCCCCGCCGACGGAGGAAAGCAGCCACCUCCUGAGAGUGAACGAGAAGAAGAUGAUCAUGUAUCUGGUUUCCAGCUUCUGCUGCAUUUGAUUUCGAAAUUGUGGAAACAUUUAACUUCUUCGGAAUAAGACUGAAAAGGCAUCUCCAGAAUAGAUGAAGAGUUCAUGGGAAGAUAUAUUUGAGUUUUUUUCUUUGAUAUUAAAUUGUGUAACAUCUCUCCAUUCCUCGUUUUCACGUUUCUAGAUUAUAUGAUUGGUUUCUAUAUAUAUAACUAGCCACUAACUGGACACACUUACCCGUCAUUUUGUGUUAAAACUCUUCAGCUUAUGCACAGUGAAGGAGUCUGAUUAACAUGACGGGAAAAGCAUACUACAAUACA